AAAUACAAGGUCAGUUCUGUGAAUCCGGGACUUUCACCGAGUGCGAAGUCAGUGUGACUUAAACCGAAAACAUAUAAGGAACUAAAUAAAGAAUCAGUUAAACAUGUCGUUAAACGCGUGCUGCAGACUGACCAGGUGUGUUUUACGAGCUGUAGGAAACAGAAACGGAGCUGUUAUGGCCGGUCUGGCGGCGCGCGCGCGUUAUGCAGGUCACCAUGCCACAGUGAGGACAGCACCGUGGACACGCAGGUUCUCCUCUGCGGACCAGGCCGUGGGCGUGGUGAGCUAUGAGCAGGUGAAGAAGCUGCUGCUGGAGCGGACUGGUGUGCUGAUAGACGUGAGGGAGCCGUGGGAGCUCAGAGAGUACGGCGGCAUACCUGGCUCCAUCAACGUACCAUUGGGGCAGUUGCAGGAGGCUCUGCAGUUGAAGCCGGAGGAGUUUAAGGAGAAAUAUGGAGGUGCAAUGCCAGCGAUCAGUGACUGUGUGGUCUUUACCUGUCUGGCGGGUGUGAGGGCUCAGAAAGCUCUGGAAGCAGCUCGGUCUUUAAGAUACUCCAAUGCACAGUGUUAUGCAGGAGGAUGGCAGGACUGGGCUAAACAUGAGAUCCUUCAGAGUAAAGCGUGAGGUGUAAUGAUGCUGUGUGUGUAGUGUGAAGACUGAAGCAGACGCACUCCAUGAAGGACAAACCACUCGACAUCGUGUCGGCUGCAGAGACGCUGAUGAUCGCUUGUUUAAAAGGAAUAAAGUCUGAAACUCUACAGUUCUAUAAUUCUACUCUUCUUACAAACUUCUGUAUUUAUAAUCAAUAAUUUAAAGCCACGUCUGCCUGAAUACUGGCAGCCUUAAUGAACCACAACGCUAUUUAUUUCAUUAGAAAGUAAUCCACUGGUAUGGGAUUUUAAAUCUGCUAAUCUGCUAACAGCGCGUUCUACUGUAGAAACCUCUUUCUUCAUUUGCCUUAAUGCUGUUUAUAACUUUUUGUCUUUAAUAAAAAGAAAUAAAAUUAAUGUCUAUGAAACCGUUUAAAGCUGUAAACUCUCUCACAUCUUCAGGACAGAGGAGUUUUACACCACCGCACGGAUUCUCAGAUAACUGUGUGAGAGGCUGCCGAGAGAGCGAGUGUUUAUAGCUGCAAUAACAUCAGUGAGAAGAGGAACUCACUCGUUCCACAAUGUUAAAUGUAGAUAUAAACAUAUAAAUAAGGACAUCUGCUUUUAUUUAGACGCUGUGAAGGGGAAAUUGUUGGUGCUGUGUUUUAGGAGGAAUAAAACACUUGUGUUUCCUGGUGCUUAGACGUCUGUGUGAUUCUCUGCUGGAACACACCUGACUGAGCAGCUCGUUCUUC